AUGCGACCGAUAUGGUUUGAGUUCCCGAAUGAACCGAAGUACUUCGAACAGGAAAAGGCAUGGAUGGUUGGAAAUGCUUUGUUAGUUCACCCUGUUGUUGAGAAGGAUACAUACAGCGUGAAUGUUGAUCUCCCCGCUGGCAAAGCUUCGGACACUCGUUGGUUUGAAUGGGAAAGCGGAGUUGAAAGAAAUGCCGGCUCUUCAUAUGUUGACGUUCCCAUCACUCAUAUUGCUGUAUUUCAACGUGGUGGAACGAUUAUUCCAACAUGGCAACGAAUCAGACGUGCAGCUAGCUUAAUGAUCCAAGAUCCGCUAACGCUAUUUGUUGCUCUGGAUCGCGACGGCAGCGCAAACGGUAGCACUUACCUUGAUGAUGGUGCUACUCACGAUUACAAGAAAGGUCAAUUUGUGUCCACGGAAAUCCAGUAUAGGUAAGU